AGUCACAGUUCGCAGUCCGUUGGGUUCGGUUGCUCCAUGCGCAAAUGUCUAAAAUAUUUUUACAUUAUUCUAAAACGUGUAAUAUAGAUUAAUUGACAUCACACACAAGCUGUUAACGAUGUGGAAAUCUUUUGAGCUUUACAAGCACUGUGCUUUCAAGCAAAAACUGCUGGCGCCUGGGCGUCUAUUUUCUCUGGGAAGGGAGCUUAAGCAGCAGGCUUUCUUGGAAUUAUUGGACACAAAGCCGACGCGCUCGGACGACGACUGGCUGCAGGCUAAACCCUACGCAGAAAUUCCAGGACCUGGAACUUGGCGGCUUUUAUCCUACUUUCUGCCAGGCGGGAAAUUGCACAACACAAAUCUUAUUGAUAUGAAUCGUCGCAUGCGUGAGUGGUAUGGCGAUAUAUACAGAGUACCGGGCCUGGGCAAACCUGAUAUGAUCUUUACCUAUAAUCCAAAUGAUUUUGCGGUCACCUAUAGAAACGACGGCGUUUGGCCCUUACGCACAGGCCUCGAGAGCUUCACUUAUUAUCGUAUUGUUCAUCGCCCCGACGUAUUUGGUGGCGUUGGCGGCCUCGUCUCGGAACAAGGCAAAUCCUGGGGGGACAUACGCAACAAAGUCAAUCCGGUGCUGAUGAAAGUGCAGAAUGUCAAACAGAAUCUGCCACAAAUCGAUGAGAUUUCCAAAGACUUUGUUGACAGAUUGGAAAGUCUGCGUGAUCCGCAUACGCAUACUAUCAAAUGCAAUUUUCAAGACCAGAUCAAGAUGUGGGCCUUUGAAUCCAUUAGCUAUGUGGCACUUAAUACGCGCAUGGGCAUGUUCACCGACCACCCAGAUCCAAAUGCAAUUCGCCUUGCCAAGUAUAUGAUUGAUUUCUUCAACGACAGCUUCAAGUACGACGUGCGGCCCUCGAUUUGGCAAUAUUAUCAGAUGCCUGGCUUUAAGCGGUUUCUGCAGAACUACGAUAAUAUAACAGAGAUUACAAUCAACUAUAUUGAGGCGGCCAUGGAUCGUUUUGAGCGGGAUGGGCACAGUGACAAUACAUGCGUGCUGCAGCAGUUGUUGGCUUUGAAUAAACGGGUGGCUGUCGCUAUGGCCAUGGAUAUGUUAAUGGCUGGCAUGGAUACGACUUCGUCGGCUUUAGUGACCAUACUCUAUAAUAUCGCAUCCAACCCCGUGAAGCAAGGGCAGCUGCGUCGCGAACUGUUCCACAUUCUACCUAAAGCGAAUGAUUCUCUAACCGAAGAGAAUACGAAAAAUAUGCCCUAUCUACGUGCCUGUAUCAAGGAGGCUUUGAGGAUUACGCCUAUAACGCCGGGAAACUUUCGCGUUACCAGCAAGGAUCUGGUGCUAUCCGGUUAUCGCGUGCCACGCGGCACUGGUGUGCUGAUGGGUGUCAUGGAGCUCUCGAAUAGCGAGGAGUAUUUCGCAAAGAGUGCAGAAUUUCUCCCGGAACGUUGGCUCAAGCAAGACUUGGAUUCAGAUAUAGCUGCGUGCCCGGAGGCGCGCUCUCGUAAUCCGUUUGUGUAUCUGCCCUUUGGCUUUGGUCCACGCACCUGCAUUGGCAAACGUAUUGCCGCAAUGGAGCUGGAGACGCUUUUAGUGCGUCUGCUGCGAAACUACAGGAUCAGCUGGCUGGGCAAGAAGCCAUUGCAGUACGAGAGCAGCAUUAUCCUCUCACCGCAUGGCGACAUUCGCUUCAAAUUUGAGCCAGUUGUCGAGAAUUCGUCAUAAUUAUUGAUACAGCUCGGUCGGAUCUAAUAUUCAAUUGAUUACAAAAAUGGGGAUUUCAACUAUGAUUAAAUCAAUUCUCCAUUAAAUGGCGAGCAAAAAAUAUUGUAUAUAUAAUAAACCAGCAGCAUGCAAAGCAGAUAAA